AUGCUCCAGCAGGCUAUUUUCUCGACCACUGCUGGGCAAGAUGCUGGUGUCUCCAUUUGCUGGGCCAUCAAGUGUCGUCACGUGCGAAUGUCAAGGAUCUAUCGAUCCAAGCAAAAGCCGCCUCUUGAGGCCGAUUAUGCCGUGGAGGAAGAUGGCUGCAGGCACCGCCGGCACCGCGUGGCCGAGAACUGGCUUUCUCUUCUAGCUGCUCGGGCACAUUGUGGGAUGGCCAGGGAGGGCAGUGAGCACUCGGAGGGGACCUUUGAUUAUGAUGCCACUAUAGACAUGAUCAGACUGUACAAGUGUGCUCUCUGUGAUCGCAGGACUGGCAGAGGUGAAGAGAGAGUACCGGCGCAGAGGCAGCAGAGCGCGGAGAUUCUGCCGAGGCACUGGCGGCUCUCACUGGAGCUCCUGCGAAGUCUGGGCCUGUUCAAUUCCAUAAGCUUUGCUCUGGAAACUGCCGUGGCAUCUCCACGUUGUUUUGGGGACGAGGCGCUGCCAUCAGCUUUCCGGGGCUUUGGAAAUCGAUGCGGACCUGUGGUUGGAAAGCAGAAAGCCAUGGGCGGCACCUGUGUCAGCAACACGCCUCCCCAGACUGCUGCCGGAAUUGGCAAGACAGAUACUGGCUGCGAUGACUUGACUGGACUUUACCUGCGGCUCUCGCAAUGGGACCGAGAAGGAACUACGGAAACUCACAACUUCUACGAUGUGUCCACCACUUUCAUCCUACUUUCACGAGGAGCGUCUUUCGCCCGCCUGCCUUCUCUAGACCAGGAGGCCGAGAUGGAUCAAGUCACACGGGGACGGCUUUUGGAUUCUCUGGCGCGCAUAGGUGGCUACCCUGAGCGCUGCGGAAUUUGCGUGGCAGCAGAGGACACAGUGUCCGAGGGCAUCGACAGUAGGUUCCGCCUGGGCACUACUGCCCGUACAUCCUCAAGGGAUCCCGUUGUAACCCAGCACGUGAAGCAACGACUUCCUGCUGGAAAAUAUUGCCACGCAUUGGCAUUGGACAGACGGCCUUGGGAUGAUUUGCAUGUGUCACCGCUGGAGAUCCAGGAGAUGUUUGCCAGGGACGUCGCCCAUGCCCGAAAGGUGUUGCUGCUGCGCGGCCCUACCGCACCUGACGAUGGCGUCUUACGUGCUCCUCUCCGGUUUGCCACAUCCGUGCAGGCCAUAACUGUUAGCACGUCAACACUUCUUGGAGGCUUUGAUGGCCUGAUUGAAGACAUGGCUGGCCUGUUGGUUGGUGUCGAUCUACUGCUACUCAUUGGCCUGCCUACGGGCUUUGGCGCGCUGCUGGCAGUGGAGCUGAGCUGCCGCUAUGGUGUGCAGGCGCUCGAUGUCGGGCAGUUUUCCUUGGCUGCAGCACCAGGGCAGAGACCGGCGCCCCCAUUGACGACCUUGGGCAGUGGCGAAGAGACCCCCACUUGGGAGCCGCAGCUGCGGCGAGCAACACAGCCUAUUUCUCUCAAUGGCCCGUGGCAGAUCCAAAUUACUACAGACACUGCAAGGCAGGAAGACUUGGUCGAAGGAGCCUGGCGCACAAUUGAAGUGCCCUUCCCACCCCAGGCCUACAAAGGUUUGGCCACCAAGAUCUCUGCGUCAGAGGCCGUGUGGUACCGCCGGAGGCUGCAGGUGCCUGCGAGCUGGUGCGCGGCGGACAAGACCAUUUGGCUGCAAGUGGAUGCAUGCGACUGGGAAUGUGCAGUCUACUUGGACUCCCAGCUACUUGGGGUCCACCGGGGUGGCUAUGAUGCCUUCCGCUUGGAGAUGCCCCCUUCUGUGUGCUCCCACGGGGUCGCGCUGUUGGUCCGUGCUUGGGACCCCACGGACGAGGGCUGCCCAUUUACAGACCGACCCCCGAUACCUUGUGAAACUUGCUGCGAGAGCGGCUGGCAGCCGCGUGGAAAGCAAUCCUUAAAGCCAGGCUCCAUCAUGUACACAGCAGUGACCGGCAUUUGGCGGCAGGGUCUCUUCAUGGAAGUUCUUCCUCGCUGCCACAUCCGGGACUUGCACGUUGAUGUACAUAAGGAUGCACCCCGCAAGUUGACAGUCAUGGCAGAUGCGACAUGCCAGGAACUUCUGUCCGUAGAAGUACUUGAUUCCGAGGGUGCCCUCAUCGGAAUGGCCAGCGGACCUUGUUGCGAGCUGCACGCAACGCUCGAAAAGGAGUUGCGGCUUUGGUCUCCUGAGGACCCCCAGUGCUAUACAGCUCAUGUCUCACUUGGUUCCCGCACAAGCUCAAUCUCGGUGGAGCGACACUUCGCACGCCGAUUUCUGGCCGUGCAAGAGGGCCGCCUGCUGCUCAACGGCAAGGUGAUGUUCGUGCAUGGGGUGCUAUAUCAGGGCUACUGGCCCGAGUCAUUGCUCACCCCGCCGGACGUCGAGGCCGUCGGACGCGACCUUCGGAUGAUCAAGGCCGCAGGCUUCAACACCAUUCGCGUGCACGCGGUGGUCAUGGGGGAAGCAUUCUACGCCUUGUGCGACAAGCUCGGCCUUCUUGUGUGGCAGGACAUGCCAGCAGGUGAUAUGCGUGCUAUGCCAACGUGGUCGGAAGUCCGAGCCGUUGCCGAGGAAGAGAUCGGCAUGGAAGCCCAAAGGUUGAAUUUGCCUGUUCGACGGGCACUCUUCGAUGAGAUUCGUCGGUCGCAUGCCAGUCAGACGGCCUUUGAGGUUGAGCUGCAGGCCAUGGUACGUGCUUUGUCACAUUUUGCUUCCGUCACAGUCUGGGUACUCUUCAACGAGGGCUGGGGCCAGUCAAACACCCAGGCUUGGGUGGCUUUGUUGCGGCAACUUGACCCCAGUCGGCUGAUUGACGCCAACAGUGGGUGGAAUGAAGUUGAAGGUCCGGCAUUGGGAGAUUUCGCGGAUCUUCAUAAUUAUGAAGAUAACUCAUCAAUUUUCGGGCCCCUUGCAAUGAGCUUUCAGAACUUUGCCGAGUGGGGCUACAACGUUGCAGGUCGGGUCCCAGCUCUAGGUGAGUAUGGUGGCGUGGGAUACGCAGUGGAGGGCCAUCGCUGGUCGUCCCACGGCGCAUGGGGAUAUGGUGAGAAGCAGGUCAACCACCGCCAGGAUGUUUAUGCAACUGCUUUGGAGAAGCUGCUUCUGCGACUGCUUCCAUGCAUUUGCAACGGCUUGGGCGCCGCAAUCUACACUCAAUGGAAUGAUGUUGAGACGGAAGUGAAUGGCCUGCUCACUUAUGACCGCCAGCUGAAACUCCCACUGGAGUUUUACCAAGAGUUCUCCCGACUAGUGCGGGAAUCUGCACGCAAAUGCAUGUCUGCGCCCGACGAGAUGGUCAGCGGACUAGUCAGCUGA